GUCCCAAGCGACCAGCAGACGUUCUUUAAAUGUUUGUCCAAUGAAUAAAUAACUGACCUCGAUUUUGGAGAGAGCUGGGGACAGGGAAAGACCCGAGAUGAGGUUGAGGCUGUCCUUAAGAUGAGUGCCACAAUCAGCCUCUUGAUGAAAAGCCGCGUGCCCGCCGGUAGUGCAGAAAAGACUUUUGAGCUCACGAUGAAGCCGGACGGGCCUCGCUUGCGUCUGAGUUCCGUGGUCUUCGGGUUCUUGCUUCUCCUCGUCCCGGGCCAGGGCCAGGACUCUACCCGCCCUGUCCGGACCACACACACAGGGAAGGUGCAGGGGAGCCUUGUCCACGUGAGGAAUGCUGAUGUGGGGGUCCACACCUUCUUGGGAAUUCCCUUUGCCAAGCCACCUGUAGGGCUGCUGCGAUUUGCACCCCCGGAGCCCCCAGAAUCUUGGAGCGGUGUAAAGGAUGUGACUUCCCAUCCAGCCAAGUGUCUGCAGGACGUCGACGGCAUGAAAAGAAUGACUGAUAAACUAUGGAAUGUGACCCUGCCUUCUACCUCCAUGUCUGAAGAUUGUCUGUACCUCAACAUCCACACACCUGCCCAUUCCCACGAGGGCUCCAAUCUGCCUGUGAUGGUGUGGAUCCAUGGUGGCGGGCUUGUCCUGGGCAUGGCUUCCAUGUAUGACGGCUCUGCCAUGGCGGCCUUUGAGGAUGUGGUGGUGGUCGUUAUCCAGUACCGCCUGGGUUUGCUGGGCUUCUUCAGCACUGGAGACAAGCAUGCAACUGGCAACUGGGGCUACCUGGAUCAAGUGGCCGCACUGCGCUGGGUCCAGCAGAAUAUAGCCUACUUUGGAGGCGACCCUGGCCGUGUCACAAUUUUUGGCGAGUCUGCAGGUGGAAUAAGCGUGUCUUUGCACCUCAUGUCCCCCAUGUCCCAAGGACUCUUCCAUGGCGCCAUCAUGGAGAGUGGGGUGGCCCUGCUGCCUGGCUUCACUGCCAACUCAUCUGACAAGGUCUCCAAAGUGGUGGCCAACCUGUCUGCCUGUGGGCAGGCUGACUCAGAGGCCCUGGUGGACUGCCUGCGGCACAAGAAUGAAGAGGAGAUUCUGGACAUCAACAAGCCCUUCAAGAUCAUCCCCGGCCUGGUGGAUGGGGUCUUCCUGCCCAAGCACCCCCAGGAGCUGCUGGCCUCUGCGGACUUUCGACCUGUCCCCAGCAUCAUUGGUGUCAACAACGAUGAGUGUGGUUGGAUCAUCCCCUUGACCGUGAACAGUUCUGACACCAGGAGGGAAAUGAGCAGAGAGUCCAUGAGGGAUGCCUUGCAGGAAUUGGCAGCAGUGACGGCUAUGCCUCCUGAGUUUGGUGACCUGUUGCUGGAGGAGUACAUAGAGGACAGUGAGGACCACCAGACCCUCCAAAACCAGUUCCAUGAGAUGAUGGAGGACUACAUUUUCGUGAUCCCUGCACUUCAAGUAGCAAUGUUUCAUCGUCCCCACGCCCCCGUCUACUUCUACGAGUUCCAACAUCAGUCCAGCUUCUUCAAGGAUGUCAGGCCGAGCCAUGUGAAGGCGGACCAUGGAGAUGAGGUUCUCUUCCUCUUUAGGAAUGAGCGAAUCCAAUUCACUGAGGAGGAGGAGCUGCUGAGCAGGAGGAUGAUCAAGUAUUGGGCCAACUUUGCUCGAAAUGGGAACCCCAAUGGUGAGGGUCUGCCCCACUGGCCGAUGUUCGACCAGGAGGACCGAUACAUGCAGCUGAACACGCAGCCUGCAGUGGGCCGGGCCCUGAAGGCCCGCAGGCUCCAGUUCUGGAUGAAGACCCUACCCCAGAAGAUACAGGAGCUAACGGAGACCAAGGAGAAGCACACAGAAUUGUAGCUCCCUGCAUCUGGGGGUGGGGGCUGGGGGCUUGAGUACAGGUGGGACUCUGCCGGAUGUGCCCACAGAUGCCCAGGGAGGAGCCAGCAGUUUUUCCCUUCAUUCACACAGCCAUUCAUUCAUUCAUUCUUCUACCCAUCUAUCCAUCCAGCAAGCAUUGAAGAACCGACUGCCUGAUGUUCCCAAGCCUGUCAUGGGUCCUCUCUUCUCAGACACAGUCAAUAAACCUUCCCAGGAAGCUGCAUGAGCAAACACUAA